GUGCACAGCAGUGUGUGUGUAUGUGUGUGUGUGAGGGUGUGAGUGUGGGUGUGUUCAGGUGUGAGCGUCGGCCUCGGAGCUGCACUCAGAAAGAGAAGUCUGCAGCCGGACAGCGUGGCAGGCAAAGAGCAGGACUCUCUGAGGGGGCCCUGAUCGGUGACCAUGGGGCCAAUGCACUGAAGGGCCCCCCGACGAAAAUACACAAAAACCAAAGAGGAACGGACAAUAAGCAAGAUUAAGAAGAAAAGCUUUUUGAAAAAAGACAGAGAAGAAAAAUGGUUGCAGAGGAAGUGAUAAUUUCAUUAUCCGGGGGUGCGCCAUGGGGGUUUCGUCUCCAGGGAGGCGCGGAACAUCAGAGACCACUUCAGGUGGCGAAGGUGCGUAAGCGGAGUAAGGUGUGCAGGGCCGGGCUACGGGAGGGUGACGAGCUGUUGUCCAUCAAUGAGGAGCCAUGUGGAUCACUGUCUCAUGCCCAGGCCAUGAACCUCAUCGACAGCUCAACUGGGAUAUUACACAUCCGGGUCAAAAGGGCGCCUGCUGGUUUUCAGUCUGUGGUGCUUGUGACCCGUGCCCCAUCUCCCCGUAUAGACAAAGAGUACCGCGCUGCUCUGCGCGCUAUGUCACCCACCCAUCCCCACCAUGCAGCUGUCCGUGAGAUCCACCGCAGCCGCUCCUCCCUCACCAGUGGCUUGACAUCUCCACCUGGUAGUGAGGCUUACUACGGUGAGACUGACAGUGAUGCAGAUGUGGCGGGCUAUGAGAGGCAGCGCCGGCAGAAACGCCGCAGCCCCAGCAACUCCAACCCCGGCAAACCGACAGGACGAACCUCCCUUGAGGGCGGGGAGACAUCAGAGAUGAGCGGCUACGACAGUGCUCCAGAUGCACACAUUUACCCCCCUUUGUUGGACGGAAAUGGAGGAGGUGGGCUACCGGGGGUGGCAAGGAGGGAGGUGAUUUACCAGCCCCCUGUUCCAGGAUUGUGGUCCUCCCAGACAUCCACUGAGACCUCCUCCAUCAUCUCCUCAGCAGAUGACCAGGGGCCACGGGACGGAGGGCAAGAGGAGGACAGUGGCUUCCUAGAGCCAUCCAAGGUGCCACUGGUGUCCCCUGAGAGGGCAAAGGAGGCUAUGAUGCUGAGCUCCCGCAGCCAACUAGUGCCUAUGGUGGGUCCUCUGAGUAAACCCAUUGACGAGGAGCUCGCAACAACCUACGUGGAAAAGGCAAAGCAAGCCAAACUGAACCGAGGAGACACUGGGCAAGACAAACAAGUAAAAGAAGCCAAAACCAAGUGUCGAACAAUUGCAUCCCUGCUGACUGAUGCUCCCAACCCUCACUCCAAGGGCGUACUGAUGUUCAAGAAGAGACGACAACGCUCUAAGAAGUAUACUCUCACCAGCUUUGGCAGUGUGGAUGAGGACAGCUUUCAGGACUCACAAGAAGAGGAUGAGGUAUUCCCAGGGAGUGAAUCAGAGAUUGACGAAGAUGGCUUCUCAGCAGUUCCUGACCCAACUUGGGAUAGUGACUACUUGGAUAUACUGGAGAAGAGGGCAACUGCAGGCACUGAAGGUCGUGGGGAUGGAGCAGAGGAUGCUCCGAGUCCAGGGUUGAAUGACACUGCAGGCAAGGGUGCUCAAUUGUUUGAGCAACAGAGAAAGAGAGCGGCUGAGCAUGCAAAGAAGCUGGAGGCAGCACAGCCUCAUGCUCCUCCACAGUUUCAAGACCAGGCUCAGAUGUACCAGAUGCAUCAAGAGGUGCAGGCGCAGAUACAAUCAAAUCUUCAGCCUCAGCAGAUCAUACCACCAGGACCUGCAACCACACAACAAGAACUGUUCCAGGCUUCAGGACAAGUUGCUGUUGGCUUCCAUGGGGUGGCCAAUGGGGACCUAUCCUACUCCUCAGUUAGUGCAGCUAGCAUGGUGAUGUCACCUCCACCUGUGGCACACAAACAUGCCACUGCCUCGGUAACUAUUCUGACCAGUCCUGCACCACCAGCUGAAACACCAUUACCAGAUUUACCUGCUAGUAAUGUUCUCAACAGAACGGCCCGUCCUUUCACUCCUGGCUUCAUCAGCAUCCGAGCUGCGACUGCCCCUGUGACGUUCCGACCACCAAUCACAAAGACAUAUCAACGUCCUGCCUCAGCAGCUGUUGUGCCACUGCCAUUCUCCACGGCCUCUGAACUCGCCUUUAAUGUUACAUCGGUAUCAUCACAACUAUCCCCUGGACCUCCACCAAUGAUGUCCCCACCAUCCUCUGUACCUUACGGGCACUUUGCGCCAAAGCCAGAGGGUCGAGUUACUUUUCAUCCCUCAGCCAUCUCUUCCUCCGUAGAGACAAUGCAGUCAGCACCAGUCCCUACUUUUCAUCAGGCUUCAUUUGCAACUAUGCCCCCUCUAUCUAUGCCUUCCAUCCCACCACCUCCCCAAACGUUGAUGGUUUCAGCCCCUGUUCCUCCAGUACACCAAAUUCUUGGUCCAGCUGAUCCAAUUACCCAAGUGCCUCCACAUCAAGUACCAGUUGCUCAGUAUACUCCACCCCUAUUCUCAAUGGCCCCUGUAGCUCAAGUAGCAGUGGUCAACCAGCCAGAAGCAAUAGCUCCAACCCCUGUUCCUGGUGCAACGGGUCGCACAGGAAUCUUACUUGAGUCUCGGCGUCGUAGUAGCAAAAUCAAACCUAUGUUCAAUGUGCCAGAAGUCAAAAAGAACUCCCCAAAUCCUGAGCUAUUGUCUAUGGUGCAGAACCUGGAUGACAGGUUCACCCGAUACAAAUAUGGCCAACCACCAACUGAGGCUUUCUAUGAUGCUGAAGAAGAAGACAUGAGUGCUGAUGCUGGCACGGGCAGGCUGCCUCCUCCAGUGGCACCCAAGCCUCGGGUCCUCCAAGAAGCCCCACAGAUUCUUAAAGCAGGGGGUAAGGGGGCAGAGCUAUUUGCCCGCAGGCAGAGCCGCAUGGGUAUGUAUGUAGUUGACACCCCACUAGAGACCCCUUACCAGCAGGAAGUGACCUUCCACAAUGCAUCCCGACCCCUUGACUCUUCCUUCAAUUGUUCCCUUCCAUCUCAGUGGAAAUAUUCCCCGAAUGUCCGUGCCCCACCUCCCAUUGGGUACAACCCACUCCUGGGCCCCACCAUACCCACAGGGCCUCAGAGGGAUGGAAGCAAGCCAGACAGCAGGGGUAGAGGUGGCUCCCAAAGAGAUGGCAUCCAAGCUCUGGAUUUCAUGAGAAGGCAGCCGUAUCAGCUCAACUCUGCCAUGUUUAACUAUGGGGGCAGUGUUGCAAAUCUAUCAGCCAUGCCCUCUUACCAGGCCCAGAGGCAACAGCAGGGUGAUUACUCAACAACAAUGGUUGGCAGCUCAUUAACCUUGCCUAAGCAGGUCCCCCUCAAAACAGCGCGUGUCUAUGAGAUCAAGCGAUUCUCCACACCCACACCCAUGUCAGCUCCCUCCCUGGCACCCAAAGUCAUUGCACCCCGCUCCUCCACUACCCUUGGUGAACGAUUGGUUUACUCCGGCAUAACCUCCCCACCUCCUCUCUUUACACGAGCACCAGUCGCUGCCCCAGCUCCAAUUCCACCUUGUUUUCAACCAGUUGGACUUCCCAAUAUCCCAAAAUUCUCAGCCACCCCUGUUGCAAACCAUGUGCCCUGUGCAGUCCCUACACCUUACACUCCAGUAGCCUACAGCACUGGGCUCCAGGCAGCCAAGCAGUUCCAGAGUGCCCCUGAGCUCAGUAUCCUUGCCUCUUUGCCCCCACUCAAGUCCAACUCAGUUCAGGCGCCCAAACCACGUUUUGUUGCCACCAAGGGGGGCAUACACCCCCAUGUCUGGAGGCCCGGGGCAAUGUGAGGAGCACUUAAACAGUCACUACCACCCUCGGACAUCUUCAUAUAUUAUUCAUUUUGUGCUAACAUGAGCAGUCAGUUAUUGUCAAAAACUUAACAAUUUUGGUAAUUGGUUCAUUGUAAAAAAGCAAUAAAAUGCUAAAUAUGCAUUGGUUCAAAUUUCUAAAACGUUCAAAUAUUCUGCUUCUCUCUUAGAUCAUUAUAAAUAAAAUAUCUUUGGGUUAGUUAGUUCUAAAUUCAGCUUUGAAUAUAAGUCAAUGGUGUGAUUCAGUACAACAUUAAAAUACAGUAACCUGUGUUAGAACAUGAAUAAUGGUAAUAGCUUAUAAAUAUCAUCAAUACCUACAUGCUGUUCAAAAUGCUGCUCAUCACAUUUAUUUGGCUACCAACACAUUUACUCACACAUUUAUCCGAGUGAUGAUGAUUGCAACAACUAUAAUAAUAAUAAUAAUAAUAAUAAUAAUAAUAAUAAUAAUAACAUUAAUGUAUAGUCCACCGUAAGCCUGUCCUGGGAGAGGUUUGUGUAAGGUUACUGGAAAUCCCUUUCUACUAUUUUAGCAGAAGCACCAUCUGAACAGAGCCUGUACUGAAUUAUUCUUUGAAACUUGAAGGGUCUGAGAGAUGAGGACAAAUGAAAAGGUGCAGUUCUGACAAUAGGAACGAAAUCACUGAAGAUGUAUGUUAAAGUAUGUUGACAGGUUGUGGCUAUAAACCUUUUUCUUUGAACAUGUGUUGUGUUAUCCAGUAAUUAAUGAUGUGCACAGGAGGGUUUUUUUAACCACUGUCUGUAGCAUUAUCAUAAAGAGUCUCUUGGGGGAAAAAUGAUGCAUAAGACUGAAAUGUAUUUAAAUGCCUCAACUCGCUGUGGAACGACAUGUGAAGACAAGGUUUAAAUGCUAUCUUUGUAGCAUGGUUCACAUUCAACAAGUACCAGCGCUGUCACUGAAUGUUCACUUUGUGUGUCACUCGAUACCAAAGCUUCCAAACGCCACUUAUAGGAACACCAGAGCCUCUUUAAUACCAGUCUGAUCUUUGCAUAUAUAUGUAAAUCCUUUAACUUUUAUUAAACAAAUCACACAGAUGAAGGAAUGUGUAUUUUUGCUUUGUUUAAUUGUGAUGGGGUGCAGGGGUCAAGGCACCAGUGAAAGGGUUCAUGGAAUGAGAGAGAGGCUGUGGAGGUGGAUGUAGGUAAGCCUGAUUACGGGAUGGGAUCUCAGUUGGAGCAUUUUAGAUCACAGCCCAGAAAUGGUCAUGGUCAGAUGUAGUAAAACUGAGACUCAUGAUGGAUUGUACAUAGUCGUGAUGUCCCACAGCCAGGACAAAUAUAAUCAAAAAGGAUGAUGGCCAAGAGAGUUUGGCACCUGAAGUUUAAUGGAAAAGCUGAAGAAGCUGAUAGAAAGAAAUAUAAGUUUAUCUGGAGUUUUUCCAUUAAUAGUGGAAAAGGGAUAAAUGUAUUUAAUGGUUGAAUAUCCUGAGACACUCGGUAUGUUCAAGGAAACAAGAAAGAAAAGAAUAUGUUGUUUUCAAUUGUGGAAUUCUUGGGGAGAUGCUUUUUUUAUUUUUACAAUUUUUAAAAUAUAACUGGUCUUACAGCUUUUUUUCUUGUUUUCAUAUUAUGGCUAUGAAAAAAGUAGUUUGUAGAUAAAAUCAUGUUGAUGUGUACAUGAUAUGAAUACAUAUUUCUGAAUGUAGCUGGAUUAAGUAACACGUGUGAAAGUGUUUGUUAUUAAUGCCGAACAGACGUUUAUACUGAAGAGGAGACAACAUUUUUAGAAGCGAAGUCUCUCCAGUUCUCUGACUUUACACUGCCUCCUGCUGUUGAUUGUGUGAUCCUGCACUUUUCUUUAACUGUACAGUCCAUGCAUGUAUCAAAUUGUAAUAUGAAUAAAUGAGCAAAGCAAUAAUGA